CCCCUCUUACCACUUUGAUUUCAAACAUUUUAUCUUAUUACCCCUUGAAAUUGAAUUAAAAAGCUAAAGUUUUGCAAAUGUAUAGGAAGAUUAAAAACAUCCCUGGGGACCAGAAGGAACACCAUGGGUGCCUGGACUAGAGCAAUGAAAAGGAACACACUCCUGGAGAUCUCCUUAUAGAGUUACCCUUUGCUGUGGGCUAUAAGAAAUGACAGCUCUAUUGGCAGUCGUAGUUCCAGGUUUUAGAAGUUUUUAAAGGAAGAGUGAUGGGAACAGUUACAGUGUUCUGGGCCUUCCAGGUGAGCUGGAAGAAGGCCUGAGACCCGGGGAAACGCGAGAUGCAGCGUUCUCUCGAGUCUGUGAAAUAAGCUUGGUACAUCAUGGACUUCCAAUGACCCAAAAUUAGAAAGUACCCCACGGCAGCCUCUCUCCACUGUUUAAAUGAGAAUGUCCCUGGCCCAGAGAGUACUGCUCACCUGGCUCUUCACACUGCUCUUCUUGAUCAUGCUGGUGCUGAAGCUGGAUGAGAAGGCUCCGUGGAGCUGGUUCCUCAUAUUCAUCCCGGUCUGGAUAUUCGACACCAUCCUCCUUGUCAUGCUGAUUGUGAAAAUGGCUGGGCGGUGCAAGUCUGGUUUUGACCCUCGCCACGGAUCACACAACAUCAAGAAGAAAGCCUGGUACCUCAUUGCCAUGUUACUUAAGUUAGCCUUCUGCCUCACACUCUGUGCUAAACUGGAGCAGUUUACAACCAUGAAUCUGUCGUAUGUCUUCAUCCCUCUGUGGGCCUUACUGGCUGGGGCACUAACAGAACUUGGAUAUAACGUCUUUUUUGUGAGAGACUGACUUAAGUACAGAACAUCAUUUUGUGUCUGUUGCUCUGAAACAGGUGACAGUUACAGUGUUCUGGGCCUUCCAGGUGAGCUGGAAGAAGGCCUGAGACCCGGGGAAACGCCAGAUGCAGUGUUCUCUCGAGUCUGUGAAAUAAGCUUGGUACAUCAUGGACUUCCAAUCAACCCAAAGCUGGAUUAUUCAGUAUUUGAGUUCUUGCUAUCUUUAUUACUCCUAUGUAAAUAAAGUUUGUU